AUGGCUACUAUGGCAGGAGACGGGAUUGAGGUUGACGAGGACAUGGAGCUCGAACAUACAGAUCAAAUUGAUGAUUUAAAAAGUCGGGUAACAAAGAAAAAAGGACGUGGUUUUGGUGGUGAAACUCAUGCUGAUGUCACGGAAUAUGAAGGUUUGGAGAGUAUAGGUGGUGCAAACAAUCCUAAUGCUCCCCAAAGAUCAGUAGAAGGCUGGAUAGUAUUUGUGACAAAUGUUCAUGAAGAGGCCCAUGAGGAUGAUGUAUAUGAACGAUUCAGCGAAUAUGGUGAAAUUAAAAAUAUGAAUUUGAAUAUUGAUCGACGAACGGGCUUCUUAAAGGGAUAUGCAUUGGUGGAGUAUGAAACGCAGAAAGAAGCUCUUGCUGCAAUUGAAGGUUUAAAUGGCGCAGAACUGCUUGGACAAACAAUAAACCAGAAAGUUACAAUAUCGAUGGCACAUUUUGUGAUUUAUGGCACAGAGUUGGAGGAACUUGAUGAUGAGUCGAGUAGCGUAAACAGUGUGCGACCUCUUGGAAUUGGGGAGCAGGUAGUGAAAGAUGAAAAGGGUCGAAAGCGUUUCCAUGGAGCAUUCACUGGUGGUUUUUCUGCUGGAUAUUUUAAUACUGUUGGUUCUAAGGAAGGUUGGACACCAAAAAAGUUUCGAUCAAGUCGCCAUGAAAGGAGCGAGAAAGUUAAUUAUAAACCAGAGGAUUUCAUGGAUGAAGAGGACUUGAGCGAAUUUGGAAUAGCAGCCAGACGAAUAAAAACUGCAGCGAAUGUUGGUGAAGAUAAUAAUGAUAGACAUUUACUAGCAUGGGAACGAAAUAUGCAAUCUUCAUUCGAGUCAUCACUUGCAGUUCAUCUUCAAAAAAUUAUUAAACCAACUAGGGACUCAAUAGGCGUACAGCUGCUAAAAAAGAUGGGAUGGAGAGAAGGACAUGGAAUUGGAUCGAAAAUGUCACGAAAAGCAUUAGAGAAACAGAAACGUACGUAUAAUCUUCGUUAUUUUUGCGGUUGUGUGAAUGACGAUAGAACUCGUGGUAAAAAAGGGUUUUACAAUGAGGAAGCAGUAAAAGAAGCGGAUGAAAUGGCACCAAAUUUUUUAUUUGCACCAAGCGACUUUGAUCCAACUAUUUUGAAAUCCUAUGAAGGCGUGCAUGGUUUGGGAUAUUGCGGAAUACAACACACUUCUGUGCUAUCUGAAAAGUAUGGCGUCCUUGAGGCUGCGCUAAAAGUGGAGAAAAAAGGGAAAGGUAUCUCAGGGCAAGCAUUUGGUGUUGGUGCUUUCGAAAAUGAUGAUGCGAACAUAUACACAAAUUAUGAUCUUUCCCAGUAUGAUUUCGCGAUUGAUGCCAGUGGAACGGCAUCCGAUGUAUCAUGUAGUGCAAAUGACACAAGUUUUAUAAUGGCAUCCAAACGCCAACCUGCAAGACACUUUUUUGAACCACCACGAAUUCCAUCGAAUUUUUUACCGCGGCACAUUCCCAUCUAUCCAGAUAUUUCGCAGAUGCCAUCAAAUAUCAAGCAGUUCAGUGAAAGAAUGAAUCAUUUACAACGUGCAAAGUUUUUGGGAGAGACUGAUCCAAAACGAGUCUUUGAAUUGGUACGUAAUGAAGAUCGAAACAGACUGAAUAUUUCUCAAAGGAAAGAUAUAAUACAAAAUGCAUUCGAAGAGGAACCCAUGAAACAAGCACGAUUUAAGCAAUAUGUGAAUCAUUUGAAACGAGGACUGCACUAUCCGCAACCAUCCGAUUUGACAAGGCUGGAAUGGGACCAGGAAUUACAUGAUUUUCAAAAUAUGCUUCCUCCUGAACUACUACCGCUUAUAUCGGAAGUUGAAAGACAGCAGAAACCACUAGUACGCCCAGAUAUAGCCGCUCCCAUAGCCAAUGUUUUAAAGUCAAAAUUCAUUUCUAGUUCAAACUCCUGUUCUGGGAAGAUGAAGGAAAUAGAUGAUGAGCGACUGACAGCUGUAAAGAUGAAAAUGUUUGGUAUGAAGACUCGAUCAAUUCAUGAAUGGCACCCUGCUAAACAACUAGCUAAGCGAUUCAACAUUCCGGAUCCAUAUCCCUCGUCUAAUAUCCUUGGUGUUCCUCACCUGCAGAAAACAACAAAGAAUGAAACAUUGACAAAUCUCGGUGCUCAUAUGUUAACAUUUGAUUCAACGGCACAAGAUUUAGAACAUCGUUCAAGCUUAGGAAACAUCAAUGUGGAAAAAAAAGAGGCAUUUUUUUCAGCGUCUUUUCAUGGAAAUAACAUUUUUGUAACAAAAGAAACACUUAGCGAAGACAGAACCAAUUCAGAUGAGAAGCCAUCAGAAGAAUUUCUGAAAGCUAUAUUUGGUAACAGCGACGAAUCUGGUACUGAUACAGAUGAGGAAGUACAAGAAGUACAAGAUAGUCAGAACGCAGUAAUAGUUCCACCAACAUCUGAGAGUUUCCAUGAUCACACAAUUGAAAGCGAUAGGAAUAUUAAAUUAGAAAAAAUAGUCACAGUGAUGGAUAUCGAUUUGGCAUCUGAUAAAGAUGAUGAUAAUAAAGAGUUCGGACCCAUACCUCCACCUCCUAUGUCUUUGUCAAGGAUUGAUACAAGAGCAAACAUUAUCGACUCAAAUAAAAAAACACAGAAGAUUACAUCACCAUCAAGGGUCACACGAAUAACUCAUUCAGUUGCAUAG